AUGGGCCUCCUCAAGGUUGCGGCCACUCUCGUGGCAUUAACCAUGAUUCGCUCCAAUAAUCCACUCCAAACGUCUGCAGCCUUCGGUCUAUUAGGCUAUACUAUUACCACGUAUCUCAUUCCCAGAUUAGGUGAGAGUUUUAUGAGAGUUGGUCUCAAGGGCCGAGAUCUUCUGAAACCGCCGCCAGUGGAACCCAUUCCAGAGUCUAUGGGAGUUGUAGCUGCGGUUACCUAUAUGAUUUUGAUUGUCUUGAUCAUACCUUUCGUUUUUUUUAAGUACUUGGUGUCUUUUCUGUCUCUCUCAGAUGACAAAAACAUGUCAGCCAUUUAUCAAGAUCAAUAUCAGUCAGUUGAAAACAAUCACUUAUUUCCACACAAUAAGUUGGCUGAAUUCUUGAGCGGCUCAUUGUGUUUACUAAGCACUAUUUUGUUGGGUUUCUUUGAUGACUUGUUCGAUAUUAGAUGGAGACACAAGUUCUUUUUACCGGCUGUGGCAUCUUUGCCUUUGCUUAUUGUGUACUACGUGGAUUUCAGUGUAACAUCUGUGGUGAUUCCGAAUUUUGUUACCAACAAUAUUUUUGGUGAACUUUUCAUAGAGUACUUCUCUUGGUUUGUGCAUUCUUUUAACACUUUAGUGACAUUUGUCACUGGUUUGAGGUUCAACACUUUGGCAAGUGACUACAAAAUUGAGUCCAGCUCCCCACCUAAAUUGCUUGAUUUGGGUAUUUUUUAUUACGCUUACAUGUCUGCCUUGUCUAUAUUCUGUCCCAAUUCAAUCAACAUUCUCGCAGGAAUCAACGGUCUUGAAGUGGGACAAUCCAUUGUUUUGGCUGUUAUCUUUUUGGUUAACGAUUUGUGCUACUUGUUCACUCGUUCAAUCUCCCAAGCAGCACUCGACUCGCAUAUGCUCUCUUCCAUCUUUAUUCUUCCGUUCUUGGGAGUUUCUAUUGGACUUUUCCAGUUCAAUUUCUACCCAGCGAGGGUUUUUGUGGGAGACACUUACUGCUACUUCAGCGGAAUGGUGUUUGCAAUUGUUGGUAUACUUGGUCACUUUUCGAAGACUUUGCUCAUAUUCUUCCUUCCUCAAAUCGUUAACUUCAUUUAUUCCGUUCCUCAAUUGUUUAACAUUGUUCCAUGUCCCAGACACAGAUUGCCUCGUUUCAACGUUGAAGAUGGACUCAUGUAUCCAAGCUUUGGACCAUUGAAGACCGAAUACAAAAUAGGAACCAAAUUAAUAUCGCUUAUGGCAUUUUUUGGGUUGAUCGCCGUCAAAAGAAACAAGAAGAAUGAAAUCACAGAAUUCUCGAAUUUGACUAUCAUUAACUUAACCUUGGUCUGGUAUGGACCUAUGAGAGAAGACAAGUUGUGUCUCAUGAUCAUGGGUGUUCAAUUGAUUGUGGGGCUUUCGAUGAUCGUGGUACGCCACACUGUCGGUCCCUGGAUGUUUGGGUACGAUAACUUAUCAUGGGGCGUAAAAUAG